AGGGUGUUGAAAGUUUUCAAACCUGGCAAAUGAAAAUGAGCCCUGAAAGUCCAAUUAUGGCCAAUUUCUUAUUGCUCUGAGUAACGGAUGAUUUACUUAUAUUAUAACAUUUAAUUGUUCAAACGGUGUCUGAUACUGCUGUUUCGCAAUUGAUUCCUUAAAUUACUGACUAAAUCGCUUUGAAAGUCCCGCUUGAGGUUGCACCUUCGUGAAAGAUCACUCAGAAGUGACACUGACAAUAUGGAAAACAAAACAAUCACUCGAAAGUGGGGCUAGGAAUUGUUUUUAUUGAACUUAACUAGAAAACAGAGCGUUUAUUACAUUUUAAUAAUGUUUCUAUUAAUUACUAUCACAAUUGCCGGCGAUAAUAGACAGUCUUUUUGAUCUACGCAGCGUUUACUAUGGGAACUAUAUAAUUAGAGAUGACCAGUCUGACUCUACCUCUGGAUAAUAUUGAUGUGAGUGAAAAUACUGAACAAAUUAGUAAGUUGUUUCCGAAGUGUAGACCCAGGAGUGAUAUUAAUUUAAAUCCCAUUGUCGCUUCAUCAAAGGAUCAUGAGUGUGUGGAAAAUACUUCUACAAACACGGUCAUGAAUGUCCAGGAUGAAAAUGAUAGGUGGGUGGCAGAUAGUUCCUGUAAUAUUAAUAGAGACAAUAAUUCUCCAUGUUACUCACCAGAUGAUGAUUGUAUGUCAGAGCACAAGUCGUCUAGUGGAACCUAUAAAUUAAGAGAUUCUAGGAUAAUUGAGAUUGCGGGUGGCCGAGAACUGUAUUCGCAAAGUAGAACGAAAGCGGUACGAAAGUCUAGAAGUAGUCAAUAUUUAGGAGAAGAUGGAGAACGGAAAUUACAGAGAUUGCCAAUGAAGCAACAAGGUGUAUGGGAGCUGCGUAGUAAAAAUAAUGAAGCCAAAAAAGUUGGAAAUACUCGAGAGUAUACUGACACAAUAUUUUCAACUGAAGUGGGUCCGAUGACACACGGAAAAGAAUCUCAAAGUCCAUCAAAGAAGCAGCAAAGCCCUACUAAUAUGCCUUUUCCGGAGGAAGUUGUUGUUUUUGAUGAUAUAGGCGAUGGUUGGGGUAGUGAUAAGGAAAAGCAACAUGAACCCCACGAAAAUGAACAAAGCGGUUUCACUGCUAGUCAUUCGUAUGACUCAAACAACAUUGAUAGUGAUAAAGUAACUAAGGUAAUUGGAAGUUUGCCAAUAGCAGUAUACGACGGUUCCCCCAGGCGGUAUGGUCCGCGACAAACAGGAACCAAUAAUUCUCAUAUGCAGUUGCCUAGCGCACAGAGCUUGUUGGCGUCUCCUAGUGUAUAUCCUCCAAGGCCUGGGUUCCCUCAAAGGAUCGUUACUAGUCCCAAUCCCAGUGAAAAAGAAUGUAAUAAUAGUAAUGUAGAGAAUAAUUCCUAUAACAAACGAAAUAGUUCUCCACCGACAACAAACACGACAUUUGAUUAUUUAUACGAGUUCUCCGAAACUCGAAAAGUUUUGGAAGAGUUUUUUAAAUGUCCUCCUGAGGAAGAGAAUAGAUUAGGAAGCGAAUUCCAGGAUUUAGAAUACGAGUUGAGACGACAGGCAAGUGAAUCUGGAAAUUCAUAUGUAGGAAAAAGAUUAGCUAAAGGUCGCAGCAGUGAACCUGAUUUUUGCAUGCGAAUUGAUUCACCAGCGAAAUGUUUUACAAUUUCCAAUGUCCCUUUGCAGGACCAUGAUUUUCCAGAGCAUGAAAAUAAUUUCCUUGAUCUGUCCAUUGGCACAGGGUCUAGUGGUGAUUUGGGUGAAACGGAAGUCGGUUUACAGGUUGGACACAGUCGAAAUUUUACUUUAUCCCCCGAAACUACCGAUUGUGACUCUAAUUGCGGGGAUUUAGAUAGCGAGGUUUCUUUAAUGCUCAUGGAAAACGACCUUGCGCCUUCUGGAGGUCUAUUGGGAUCAAAUACAGAUUUGGCAGUGCCCGGUGAUACUUCACGGUUGUAUUCUAGUAUGCCAGUUUUGGAAGACGGUUUGUCGUCAGGCCAUGCUAGUGAUACUGAUAAUAAUAACCCUACAGUUAUGCUUAUGAAAAGACAAAUUACGGAGAUAGAAAGGGAAAUCAAUCAAGGUGUUUGUAACUCAAAACCCAGUGAAAAUGGCAUAGUCGCUCAAAAAGAGAGCAUCAGUACAUCACCCAUCGACAUGAAUAAUUGUGUAAAUAGUUUUGAUGAACCGUUGAACCUUUCACAGACUGAUUCUAUAGAAAAAACACCUCCACCUCCUGCUCCAGCACCUCAUCGCAUGAACAGCAGCGCAGAAAACACUAAUGAUGUAGAAGCAGCCAUAAAAGAUAUCAGACUGACUCUCCAAAGGACGAAAACGCUUCCAGUGCAACGACAUCCAGGAGAAGAGUGUGAAGAAAACGGUGCGAGCCCCGUUUGGGUACCAAGUCAUUUUCGGCAAAGGGGGCUGUCGACCACAAGUGCUGACUCAGAGCGAAAAGGCAACAGUGGACCUGAAGAAGAAGAAAAUGACACAGACUUGGAAACUGAUAGGCUUCUUGGCCAACAAAGAACAGACGACCAAGGGUUUUAUGAUGAGAAAGAUUGGAGAAAACCUAAAAGUCGAACAAUAAUGCCGCAAAUAGGCCAUUCCAUUUCCAAACCAUUGCUCACUCCUUUAGACGAAAGCUCUAUUCCGUUAGUCCCGUCCUCUGACUUGCAAAAUUCCGUACCCCAAUCGCCUUCCGCCGUCUCUGACAAAAGCCAAUCACCUCAAAGUCAAAAAGGAUCAGUGUCUUCAAAUAAAACUAAAAAGGAUAAAGACAAAAAGAAGGGCAGAAGUAAAGAAGAUGUUAUUCAACGUUCAGUUCUGAUAGAAGGGGUGCUAUUUCGAGCCCGAUACUUGGGCUCAACUCAGUUAGUAUGUGAAGGGCAGCCUACCAAAACUACUAGAAUGAUGCAAGCUGAGGAAGCAGUGUCUCGCAUAAAGGAGGCAUCCAACCAAGCGGUUCAGCCGUACGAACCUCAAUAUGCGACAUUUAGUUGUCCUGAAAGCGGACACUUUGACGAUGAAACUCAUCUCAAUUCGAUUUCAGAGAACGAACCGCAAAUUGACAAUGCUGUAAUGCAAUUGAUGCAACCAUUAACCCAUAAUGAUGAUCCAUCACCGUUUAUCGAUGAGAACCCAUUGGGUGGUGGUGGAGCAUCAGGAACGGUGUUUCGAUUACUAUUCCUGGGUUCUGUUGAAGUCGACGAGGAAGGGGGUAGAAAACGACGAAAAAAAUUCAAGAAAAAUAUGGUUGAAGUUGCUGUUACUAAGAUUAAGGCUUUGGCACCAGACGGGGAAACUCAGCCCAGUACAGAAGUCGAUCUAUUCAUCUCCACAGAAAAAAUUAUGGUGUUGAACACGGAUCUGAAAGAAAUCAUGAUGGACCAUGCACUGCGCACCAUUUCAUACAUCGCUGACAUCGGCGAUCUAGUCGUAUUGAUGGCUAGGCGAAGAUUCAUUCCUCAUGAGGUUGAGGACGCUCCAAAGAUCAAUAGAACUCCAAAAAUGAUCUGCCACGUUUUUGAGAGUGAGGAAGCUCAAUUUAUAGCUCAAUCUAUAGGCCAGGCCUUUCAAGUUGCGUAUAUGGAAUUUUUGAAAGCCAAUGGAAUUGAGGACCACAGCUUCGUCAAAGAAAUGGAUUAUCAAGAGGUGCUAAAUUCCCAAGAAAUUUUUGGAGAUGAAUUACAAAUGUUCGCCAAAAAGGAAAUGCAAAAAGAGGUGGUGGUUCCAAAGGCAAAAGGUGAGAUACUCGGCGUUGUAAUCGUUGAAUCUGGAUGGGGUUCAAUGCUGCCUACGGUUGUGAUAGCUAAUUUGGCUCCAGCGGGGGCUGCAGCUAGAUGCGGUCAGCUCAAUAUAGGCGAUCAAAUAAUUGCCAUCAACGGCGUUAGCCUUGUUGGACUUCCUCUUUCCACCUGCCAAACAUACAUCAAGAACUCGAAGACUCAAACGGUAGUAAAAUUAACUGUUGUCCCAUGUGCUCCGGUGGUGGAAGUGAAAAUUAAAAGGCCAGACACAAAAUAUCAAUUAGGGUUCAGUGUUCAAAACGGCGUGAUAUGCAGUUUGCUUCGUGGGGGCAUAGCGGAAAGAGGCGGAGUUCGGGUUGGCCACCGAAUAAUUGAAAUAAACAAUCAAAGCGUUGUUGCGGUCCCACAUGAAAAAAUUGUAAAUCUACUAGCAACAUCUGUUGGAGAAAUUUUAAUGAAGACGAUGCCAACCUCCAUGUUUCGUUUGCUGACUGGCCAGGAAAAUCCAGUGUACAUUUAAGUUAAAUGUUCUUGAAGGUUUGAAAGUGCCUACUUGUAGAUGAUAGCUAAAAGAUCAUUGGAAUUGUUUUCAGUUUUAUCGUGUUUGAGGCGCAGAUCGGUAUAUUUUUAUUGUUAGUAUAAGUUUAUCAGACUGAAGACAAUACAAGCAUGACCUGCGCUCUGCACAUUAUUGUGCAAUUUGGUAGUUUCCAUUUUCCAGAAACUAACAUCACAAUUGGUACGUAUAACAGUUGAGCCCAGUUUGUCUACUAAAAUAUAAAAAAGUUUGUCCAUUAAUCAACUAACAUUAAAUAAACCCGCUUGAUACGUUCAAUUCGCCUAGAUUUCGUAAAAAUUGCAAUCGCAAGUCUACCAUGUAAAUCAUACACAAUUGAAUGUUUAUAGAAAUGUGAAGCUACCAAAUGACGAUAAGCUUUUCGUGAUAGACCAUAUCCUUUGCUUGAUCGCGUUACUAUUUAUUGUGAAUGUGAAGAAAAUACCAAAGACUGUUGGUUGGCUUAGAUGAAUAUUUUAUCCCCGAUUUAUAGAUUAAAGUAAUUUAAACUUGAUCAGUAAUUCUUUAAGCAUUCCGUAAUAUUAACAACGGUGUAAUAUCUUCGUAAUCUGUGUACUCAGAAAUUUGAUGGAUGUAUCUUCUUCCGAUAAUUUAGCAGAUUCUAGUCAUCGCCUUUAAUUAAAGUUAGACAUAUUCUAGAAGGUAAUCAAUUCGUUUCAGUUUAAUGCUAUAUCUAAUGCGUUCACUUAGGGAUCGAACUUGGUUGAACGUUUUUUUCUGGGAAACAUGGCUAUCAGUUUUCUGCUUGACUUAUUCGGAUAUAAUACAAAAACUGGGUGGCAAUAUUUCAACUGAUAAUUUGCAAUUAACUGCCACUUUUUCAUACCUUUAAGGGAUAAGUUAGUAAUUGUUUAUCCAGGGUAACAUCUAAUUGAAAGGAACAAAUGUUCGUUGAACUCCGCACGUGGCUUUCUGCAUUUUUACUCGAAACAUAAUUAGAAAUUAUCAACAGCAACUUUGCUGUUAUCCUCAAAAUAAUCACCAAAAAUUGAAUAUGUUUGAAUUGGAAACGAAUUAUUCUUCUUCAAGCUGUGGACGAAAACGGGAUACACAACCAAUAUUAUUAAGGCUGCUGCAAAGUAUAUCUAAUAGUUAUUAUUUAUCUACAUAUUUAAUGUGUAACAAUAAUUGUGUCUACAAUAAAAUAAUUGAAUGACCUCGUAUGUAAUAGAAAUAUAAUAGUAAUUAUUUUAAGCUAUUUAUCUCUGUAAAUUUAUUAAGUGUGCGACCACAGUAGACGUCUAAAUGUGUAUGUAAGAAUAUUCAGAUCUAUGUUGCUCCAAAACUAUCCUGCGAACCGCCAACAAGUAUUAAUUUGGGUGUAAAAAUCUUACUACUUUACAGCAAUGGUCAGUCGGUGGUUGGUUCGAGGGAUAUUAGGUUUGAACCAUUGGAAUGACCUGAAUCCGAUUAUUAGUUAAUUUUCACUAUUCUCUGUAGGUUUUGAAGCAAGUGGCUUCUUGAGAAACGAUCAUUCAUAAAAUAUAGUUGUCACUUCAACUCAUACUCUCUCAAGUAUGUUACUCUAACACGAUUUCUGCUUGAAACAGUCGCACUUAAAAAUAUUUAUUAUACUCAAUGAGUUCUUUCUGAAGGGGCUCCGAUUUGCUUCAAGUUAAUCAAUAUUCGCGUAACAAUAGACACAAUACAUUGUUGAUAAGGGCAGGAAAGUGUAUAAAAAUGAUAGUAGUGAUCAUGUAAAAAAAUAAAAUCGAACUCGUGCAUUUCUUGUAAAAACCCUUCUCCAUUCUUUUUGAAUGCUCAGGUGCCCGUAAUGUUUCAGUACGAUCUAUAUAGCGGUGUAUUUACAGAGAUAUAUCAAUUUUUGCCGAGUAUUUUUUCCAAGUAUUAUAUCGGAUUAUAUGCUAAAUCCGAUUUAUAUAGAUUGUCCAGUUAAAUUCUCAAAAUACACAAUUAUUUUUAAGAAAUGCAAUAAAAUCUAUCCCUCCGUAAGUGUCGCUAGUUUCGGUUAGUGCGUGUUAAAAAAAAUUGAUAUAUUAAAAACUGUAACAACUAGCUCUUCAUUUUUUUACGUAAGUAGUUCUUAAUCAGAAGCUCAAGUUAUGUUCUUCAACCAUCCGAUAUAUGCUCUUUGUAUAAAAACUAUAUGUGUAUUAUUGCAUGUUUGUAACAUAUUUUAUAUACUAAACAAAUAUCCCUUUGUAAUUAGGGUGCUACUGUAAGCAUAUGAUAACCCGGGAUGAAAGGGAAUCGGUGGAAAUGAUUCCAACUUAUUGUGUGCCUUUUCCUUUGUUGGCAUUCCUAAAAACCAAUAUAAAUUAAUUGAAUACACAUGAUUGUAUGCUUCAUUGGUGAACACAUCAUGACAUAUAUUUUUAGUCUAAUUUAAAGGCAUAUUUAACACAUUGUAAAUCAAAAGAAGUAAUAGAAUUAAUGACAUUGUGUAUUUAACCUGCCACUUGCUCUAUAAAAAAGAUUGUGAAUUA